GUUUUUGAUAAAAUGGCCGAGGAGCUCCGAAUGUCCGUAAGACAGCAACGAAAAUAGCUUCAAAAUGGCCGCGUAUUAUUGAUUUGUUCACAUCUAAAAAUCUUAUUACAUCUUUUAGAUAUAUUUCUUUGCCCCUUUUCUCUGAAACCUUUCCCUUAAAAAUGUCAAUGAUAGCAAAGAAUCGAACAAAAAGCACAUGGACUCCUCUAAGUAACGAGGAAACAAAUAAUCAAAUAUUUGAAGAAAGGAGAGUCCUGAUAAACAAAUGGUUCGACAAAUGGACCCACGACCAGCGAAAACAUAUCAUGGAGGACCUUAUCCACAAGGCAAAGAUCCGUGAGAAAGGAUUUAUCCGAGAUUAUGUGAAGGAGCAUGUACCAGCCCUGAAGCGGGACUUCACCCGACACCUGCCCCGUGUCAUCUCCAUUUACAUUUUCUCAUUCUUGGAUCCUAGGAGUCUUUGUCGUGCUGGCCAGGUAUGCUGGUACUGGAAGUAUCUGACUGAUCUGGACCAGCUGUGGAUGCUCAAGUGUGUCAAGCUGGGCUGGAACUUGCCCGUCAUGCCUGGACAGUAUGAGACCGGUGUGUGGAAACGUAACUACGUCGAGAACAUCAAAACACUCCAGAUCAUGUUCCCAAAGAAAAGCACAAAGAUUGACUUGUCAAAGAUCGUCCCUCAGCAAAAGCCCCCCAAGUCUGCCAAGUCUGGAAAGUCGACCCCAUGGCGAGGGUCAGACCCGGUACCCAAGGAUACGUGGAGAUAUAACUACCUAGAGAAUAACGAUGUUGUCCAGGAUGUGAAAACAAUGCGAAGGAGGAAGGACUACGCUCCAGAAGGGAAGGAGGUGAGUCGACAUUCCCGCAGCAAAGUUAAGACUGGUCAGAAUAUUCACAACACGGAGGUCAGGAGAUCACAGUCCUACACAAAAAUAGUUACCACUUCCCAAGAUCACCUGAACAACUGGGAUGGUUUUACCAUGUCGAUGACGAUGCCCCCAGAUGCCUCCAUGGGUGUGACCCGCCCCGCCCCGGUUCACUCUCACCCUCGACCCACCAAACGCCAGCAAGUCUCCGCCCGCACACCAAGGGACCCACCUAGUACAGAUCUGUUUCCAAAGCAACCAUGGAAGGUUGGUAAUAAAGAGGAGUCGGAUGAAGAACUUUGACCAGCCUACUGUUUGCCAAUCCUGAAUAAUUCUGAAAUCUCAAGUUCAACAUGGAACACUCCAUAUGUGAAUUUUCUACACCGAAAUUGAAUGUUGGCUGAUAUAAUAGCUUAUAAAACUGAACUUAUUUUUGAUAUGAAGUAUCUUUCAUGGCCGAGAGUGUAAGAUAGAUUAAUCCCGACCUGAGCGUAGGGUGUUUUGUGCAGAAACAAGGUUUACAGAGUUUCCACAAAACAUGCUGCGCAAGGUUUGGGAUGAACCUAUCUUACAUAAUCCGCUAUGGUAGAUGCUUUUUCUCCCACCUCAGUUAAACAAAAUAAAGUGAAAGUGUAUUUUUUGCUCGAACUCUUUUGUGCGUAGUUAAAAUAAUUUGCAUAUAGUUAUGGGAUAUUUGUGGUUAUGCGCAGUGAUUCAGAUUAUGUAAAUAGUCAAAUCAUUCUUUAAAUAGUUCUGGAGAGAGGGCAGCAUUAUUUCUUGAAUGCUGCUUGAAAACUUAAUGGUGCCAUUUGAAACGAGAAAUAAUUAAUUUAGAUUUUAAAUAUUGCCACAAGACAUGGUUUCCAUGAUGCUAGAGACAACGGUCUUCAACAAGGGAGGUAAUUGUGUGAAGACAAUAAAGGAGUUCCAUAUGGGUAUUUGUUUUAUCUUUGCCUGUGGGCAAGAUUAUAAGUAUCUUCCAUGGCCGUGAGUGUAAGAUAUGUUCAUUCCGACCUGAGCGUAGGGUGUUUUGCGGAAAUGAGGUUUACCGAGUUUCCGCAAAAACACCCUGCGCGAAUUCGGGAUGAACCUAUCUUACACGAGCGGCUAUGGUAGAUGCUUUUUCUCCCACCUCAGUUAAACAAAAUUAAGUAAAUAUGUAUUUUUUGCUGGAACUCUUUUGUGCUUAGUGAAAAUAAUUGCGUAUGGAUAUGCGAUAGCACGUGGUUGUCAUGGAUAUUCGCGCAGUGAUUCAGAAUAUGUUAAUAGUCAAAUCGGUCUUUUUAAAUAGUUCUAAAGAGAAUGAAGCAUUAUUUCUUGAAUGGUGCAUGAGAUGGUGACAUUUGAAGCGAGAAAUAAUUAAUUAGCGUUCUAAAUAUUACCAUAAGACAAGAUUUCCUUAAUGCUGCAGUCUUCAACAAGGGAGGUAAUUACAAUGUGGUAACCGUUAAAAAGGAGUCCCAUACGGGCAUUUUAUCUUCGCCCGUGGGCAAGAUAAGAAUAUCUAGCAUGGUUAAAUUAUUGGAUCUACUUAUCUGAGGUGGGAGAAAAGAAUUUCUCGCAUGACCAUAAAAUUUUGAUCUACUUAUCUGAGGUGGGAGAAAAAUGAUUCUACAUUUCCCAUGCUUUAGUUACACAACAAAUGUUUCUGGCUGUCUCUGGGAUUUACCUCAUCUAUCAAUUUAAUUUUCACACACCUUUUCAAAAAAUAUUAUACAUUUCUUUUCUUCCUUUAUGUAGGUUGUUAACAAGCCAUAAUUGGUUGAUAUGUUAGUAUUGAACAUUCCAAAGUUUUGACUGCCAUAAAAGUCAUUUUCAUAGCAAAAAAACUAUUAUAUCACUUUAUACUUGGAAACUUGCAUAUUUAAUAUCAUUAUCAGAUUGAUGCUGCAACUCAGCCUGAUGGCACAUUAUGCAUUGUUUGCAUCAAUACUUGGUAACAAGCAUAUUUAAUAACAUUAUCAGAUAAAAUUCUGCAACUAAGCCCGAUGACCCAUAAUGCAUUGUUUGCCUCAAUUUAAGAUAUCCGACCCACAGAUAUAUGUGCUUACGAUGCCCAGUGUCCCAUCUUAUUUUGGUAUCUUUAUUACUAAACAACUUUAUUUGGCAUUCAGAAAAUUUUAGCUGAGAUUUCAGUUGAAAUAAAUAACAAUUAUACAAACUAUAAUAAGUUUAUGUAUAAUAGACUUGUGGUUAUUAAUGUAAUAUAUUAGUAAUCAGCAACCAUAUUAUACAGGGACACCAGGCAUCAACAUUGAACAUUAACGGUAAUAGAGCUAUCAGACAGUGAGCUUAAUUGUGGGUCGCACUCCUGGGCUGGUAUUCAUAAAACAUAUCAACAAACAUAUAAGUGAUUAAGUCAUUUUCCUAGAUAAGUAACUUACUUGUCAUAUGGUAUAAUAACUUAAUACUAUCUAAGAUGCUUUAUUUUCAUUAAUUUAAUGUAAUAAGCACACUUGUAUGUUAUUGUCACUUGUACAUUUCUCUCAAUCUGAUUACGAAAGUCUUAGUAAAUCGACUUAAGAUAAGAAUUGACUUAAGAUAAGAAUUGACUUAAGAUGUUUUAUGAAUACCGGCCCUGAACUCCUACUGUAACAAAAUGUAUGUGUUUGCUUUAUUUUUGAAACUCAUCUUGCAACAUGUUAAUGAGUUAUAUUUAAUGAAAUCUUGUUUUAUAAUGCUGGAUCUUAUUUAUUUAUUUGUUUAUUGUACUAUUGUUAACUAUGUUUACUGUGACUGUGAUACUAUGUCAAUAAUUUUAGGAACGCUUUGAAUCUAAGAUAAAUACAUAAUGGGCCGGCAUUCAUACAGCAUCUUAAGUCAUGGGCUGGCAUUCAUACAGCAUCUUAAGUCAUGGGCCGGCAUUCAUACAGCAUCUUAAGUCAUUUCCUUACUUAAGUUGAUUUUUUUUAAAUUUUAUGGUCAAAUUAAAAAAAUAUGUGUAGGUGUUUUGACAUUAAAUUAAGUUGAUUUUUUUAAAAUUUUAUGGUCAAAUUAAAAAAAUAUGUGUAGGUGUUUUGACAUUAAAGGAUGUAUUUUCAAUAAAGUCUAGGAUAAUAGAGUACACCAGAAAUGGUUAAGCUUUACUAUCAUAUGACCAGUGUGAUACUUAAGUAAGGAAAAUGACUUAAAUGAGGAAAUUACUUAAAAUGUAAGACUUAUGGAUACCAGCCCCUGUAUGAUUUAAGAAUUGUCAGAGUUUCUGUUCUUUUUGUGAAAUUUGUGUACUGCAUAUGCUACAAUAUCUGUUUAAGUUUCAUACAACCUCCAAGACUUUAACUUACUUAUAUUUACAUAAAAUCCUGAGAGGGAACAAUAGUUUACAUUGUGUGUUUAUGACUGUUAAAUAAUAACACAUGCAUGUGUCUGUUUCCAAACAAAACAAAGAAAUAGUUAGCAAUGUUCCAGUGCCUGUCUUAACUUUCAUGUUUUUGUUUCUAAUAACCUUCAGGAUGGUAUUAUUCAGGUAUUGUGAUUUUUAUUGCCUUCAUUGUCUUUUUAGUGGCUUAAGUAUAUACUUAUUUAUCUUAGCUUGGUUGUGUUGAAAGCUGAUAGCUUCUAAAAUAACUCUCCAGUCCGUUUCCUUGGCAGAAACAAGUACUGUGUCCUUUUUGAGAGGCUACGAGAAAGUACUCCUGGUGGGGAUCGAACCCACUACCUCUUGGGUGAGAGGUGGACACUUAUACCACUUCUCUCACCUUUAAAUGGCCUUAGACAUUAUGUUUGUUUUUUAAUUAUAGAUCAACAUUUUUGGAUAACAAUGAAUACAUUAGAUAGUAAUUGUUUUAGAUGUCUGUAAUUUGUUUUACAUGUACAUAAGUUUUUCCGCAGAUUUUUGCAUAUGCCUGGGAUAGAUUUUAUUUCAAAUACAACUUGCUUUAUAUUUAUAUUGUUAGAUUGAAUUUGUAGUUAUUUUAGCUUAAAAUGUAUUUGAUAUUAAAGAUUUUAUGAAAAAUGUAUAGAAAAUAAAAAUAUG